AUAGAGAUAGUGCGCGACGCGUAAUCGCCAUUUUGCACAAUCAUUAACAUGCAAACUCGAGUCGUGCGACUUACUGGCACUUUUAUGUAUUUUUCAGAUAAGAAAAGUGACCGUCUCGCGGCGGAAUUGCACGUUUGUUUCGCCGCGUAGUUUGAGACAGUCGAUUUCGGUCUGCAAGAUUGGAGACGAAGAAACCGCAGCGAUACUAAGUAAAGAAAAGAAGAAAUAGAGAUAACGAAGAGAUUGAUAUUGUACGUGUGUCACAGUAGCCAGUCAGCAGCUCCGCCUUCUCUCGCUUGCACGUUGGAGCGGACAUACUUGAAACCGCAACGUUCCACACGUGACGUUUUACACACGCAACAGCUGCGCUGGAAAGGUGCAUGUGUCCCUGAAGGAGACAACAGUUUCUGACGGGCGUCGCCGUGAAUUGCAACGCGAAGAUAUCUAACUGCAUCUCUGAAGAGUCUUGGCCAACCAAGAGGAUGGCUCUGUCUGAGAAGGAACGGUUGUACACUCCGAGCGAAUGGAGCAAGCGGUAUGGAUCUGACGAGCUGCUUGAGCGAUUCUUCAAGUUCUGUGCAGAGGUUACGGAAAAGGCACGGAAGGACAUUAAAUGCGAACUCAAUGUGCCGUACGGUCCUACGGAGUGCGCAAAGUACGACGUGUAUGGCGUUGAUUUACCAAAAGAUGCACCGAUAUUUGUGUUCAUCCACGGCGGAUAUUGGCAGGAAUUCAGCAAAGAUCUCACUGGAUUCUCGGUACCCUUGUUCGUCAAAAAUAAGAUCAAAGUAAUAACAGUCGGCUAUGAUUUGUGCCCGAAAGUCAAGCUUGCGGACAUAGUAGCGCAGAUCAAAUCGGCUAUUGCGCAAAUAUUAAAGUACGCAGCUGAUUCAGGCUCCAAAUCCGUAUGCAUCGCCGGGCACAGCGCCGGAGCGCAUCUAGCUGCAGCUCUCUUGCACGAUAACGAUUGGAUCAAUCGUAUGACACGGCAGGGGCAUCUUGCGUUGUUAAAAGAAAUCGUACUUAUUGGCGGAAUCUACAAUAUAGCGCCUUUAACUGAUAUCCAAGGUGGAGAGGCCCUUAAGCUCACCGAGGAGGAAAUUAAAACACUGAGUUUGUCUAAGCUCAAUGAAGCGGGAGACCGUCAGAUUCAUGGCUUGAAAGUUACCGUGACCGUGGGUGAAUGCGAUUCCCCAGUAUUCGUGAAUGAGUCACGCGAAUACGCUCAGAAAAUCAUUUCCAUGGUGGAUAAUGUGGAAUACCUCCUGCUUCGAGAGAUUGAUCAUUUCAACAUAGUGGAAAACUUUCUGGAUCCAAAUUACCGUCUCGCCAAGAUGAUAUUGCAGUGUCUCCGACCCGACGCGAGCGUUCAUUAAGCAAAAUCAACAAAAAUCUCGUCUCUAUCACGAAGAUUUUACUUUGUACUCGCAUAAAGUACAGUCCGAUUUACUAAAAAAAUUUAUUAAGAAUUAUAAUUCAAUAUCAAUACAUUUGAGUUCAAGC